AUGGAGACCAAGCCUAACGAUAUCGCUCCCAAGGUCGUCAUAGUCGGAGGAAGCAUAGCUGGUCUCGCCCUGGGACUAAUGCUGCAGCGAAUCGGCGUUGACUUUGUCAUUCUGGAGGCUUACAGGGAAAUCGCCCCGCAAGCCGGUGCCAGCAUUGCCUUGCUUCCUAAUGGCAUUCGUGUCUUGGACCAGCUCGGGUGUUGGGAAGACAUAUAUGCAGCUGCAGAGAAGGGGACGAACAAGUUCACUAUACGCUACAACGACAUGUCGCCAAUUUUGGUACUUGAUGACCUCGAGGAUAAGGUCACCCAAAGACUUGGGUACGGGUUGAUUUUCCUCGACCGACGCAUGGUCAUCGAGGUGUUGUAUAAUCACAUCCUGGACAAGUCGAAGGUGAUCACCAGCCAGAAAGUUGUCAGCGUGGAGUCUUACGCGGAGGGCGUCAAGGUUUUAACGAACGAAGGCAGCGAAUUCACCGGGGACAUGGUUCUUGGCUGCGACGGCGUGCACAGCACUGUGAGGAAGGAAAUUGCCAAGCUGGAAGGAGCUUCUCAAGAGAACCAAUUGAAAGCGACUUACUGUUGUGUCUGGGGUAUCGCCACAGACGUUCCGCAUGUCCCCAGGGGUACUCUGGUCAACACAUAUGGGAAUGAUUACUCAUAUCUCUUUGCCGAUGGUCCCGGAAACCGAGUCUAUUGUGCUCUCCUCAUGCGCAUGAAAGAGACAUACGCCGGGGACGCAAUCCCCAAGUUCACCUCUGACGAUGAGGCCGAAAUGGCCAAGCUGCACGAGGAUGAUUUGAUCUUACCUGGAGUCAAGUUUGGUGACGUUCACCGCCGGAUGAUCGCAAGAAUUUGUACCCCGCUGGCCGAAGUGGUUUUCAAGAAGUGGCACAGUGGAAGACUGAUGCUUGUCGGAGACUCUGCUCACAAGUUUGAGCCCCUAUCGGGACAGGGUGGCAACAACGCCAUCGAGACGGCAGCUGCUUUUACCAACGCACUCAACAGAGCACUGAAAGAGAAUCCCAACCGCAGGCUUGGCAGUGGCCAGAUCAGCGAGGUUUUCAAAUCAACGCAGCUAGUUAGAGAGCCUCGAGUCUCUCGUCUGGUUAAGGCGUCCCAUGACCAACAAAACAUCGAAGCGAGCCAGGCGUCUAUCCAGACAGCCAUCUCAUCCCAGUUCAUAAAGAUAUUGUCGGAAGAGAUGCAGUUGGCACAAUUCGGCGAUGUGACGUUGGACGCCAUCUCAUUGGAUAUGUUGCCCAUCCCCAACCGACCACGGCGGAUUGCUUGGCACGAUGAGCGCCACCGUCAGCCGGAUUCGCCAACGGAACUUUUGACCUCUCGGAUCUGGCUUAUCGCAGUGGCCGACAUUACAACGGGGAUCUCGCCAUACAAGCAUUCACCAGCUCAGGUGCCAUCGACGAGUUCUUUGGGCAGAUUGUGGCUUUUUUCUAUCCGGCAGCUACUUCAUCUUUGA